AUGGUAUCGUGCGGUAUGAGCUUCGCAGAUAUACUUUCGACGUGCAGCGUGCGAUACUGUUGGGCGGUUAGGAGAGUUAUCGAGGGCUUCAUGUACCCAUCGUACCUCUCGCCGGCGGAUCGAUGUGUUCUCGAGAGUCCGGUAUCGCUGGCCGAUAUGUACAGACACUCUGGCAUUGCGUCGUUCUUCCUCUGGUCGUCUUGGGCUUCACACCUCCUCUUCUUGACUGCCGAUUUGAUGUUGAUGGGUGGAUUCGCCAUCAUUCUAGCUUUGCUCUUCGUCAACUUCUGCCUUGAGCCGCUGGAAGCAGAGUUCUGGUGGCACGGCCGUCUUACGCCGCGGUUCUACCUCUGUCUUCAAGUGCUGAAGGCGGUCUUGUGGACAGGUCUCACGCCUGUGGGAGUGUUGAUCAUAUUACGAGCCAACAUUCAGCCGAAGUUGUUUGCGGGUGGCAUCAAGCCAGUUUUGUAUGCAGCGGUGGCAUCGACGGCGUUCUCAUAUUACGCAUCGCUCGUGUGCGCGGUCGUCAUCUGGCUUGGAAGACAUGGUUCGCGAGGCUCGGUAGUGUCGCACGAGGAGGAAGCAAAGAGGCAAAGCCUCAAACAGCUGAUAUCGGGGAAUACGUAUGGGUAA